AAUCUUUUGAACUGUGUCAUUAUCACGGUAAGCAGCGGCGAUAAGGCUGAACAGUCCUGUCCAUUCACUGUUGGCCAUGGAGCGCAAAUGUCGGUCGACUACAGUGAGUUCUCGAAAACGGAUCAGAAGACACAGAUUCAGCGAAUGAAACAGAAGCUUGGAGAGAGUGAAGGAGACAAAUUACCGUCUGGGGAUGGGCGUGACUUUGACGGGAAACAAGGAAACACAGCUCGCUGUGAACAAUAG